AUGGCUACUCUGUCCCAAGAUGAACCAGGUCAGUUUUCGAACCCAGUCCAAGACCAUGGUCUGUCACAGCCAAGAAAUAUUUCUCACACAGUGAGCUAUGCACAAAGCCAUGUUGGUUACGAUUGCUCUCCUAACACGUACCCUUACGCAACUCUGCAGCCACCAGCACCACACACAUUUUGCAAUUCUGGUUGCAUUCGCUGCUUCAUUGCGAUAUCGAUCGUGUCCAUUUUGUUCGUUUUAUUCACCUUCCUCUUGGCAUAUUUCGUCGUACACCCAGAUUUCCCAGUUUUCGUAAUGGACACAUUUUUUAUAUCCAAUUUCAUCAACACCUCCAACCCAAAAUUUACAGCCGAUUGGGAGGCUAAUAUUUUGGUUAAUAACCCAAGUGAGAAACUCAAAGUUCAUUUCGAUGGAGUUGCGAGCUAUAUGUUUUACCAAAGUGAAUUCUUAGCCACCUCUAAUACGGACCUAAGUUUUCACGUAGAACCAAAGGGACAUAGCUUGUUGCAUGUGAAAAUGUCCACGAACAAUCCGGAUCAACCCGAAGUGAAACAGUGGGUUGUGGAUGCUAUGAGCCGAGACCGAAACGAAGGGUCGUUGAGCUUUAAUAUGAGAAUGCUGGUGUCAUCUUCUUUCAAAGCUGCGACUUUCAACUUUGCUGGUAAGGACCGUAUCUUGAAAGUUUACUGUGAUAAUUUGGAUGUUGUGUUUGAAGGUACCGGUCCCAAAAGUUUUGGAAUUUUAUCUAACGGUCAAUCUAAGCCAUGUUCAAUAUCUAUGUGA